UUGGCCCAAGGACCCCAAGGUCAAGCUCUCCAAAGACGUUGGUCACAUCAUCCCAACGGGUUUCCCUUAUAUACAGUUAGAACCUUCCCAUGAAAACUAAAAUAUUCAAUCUUCUAGUUGACCUCGUGCUCUUCAGUCCACCCCUGCAAAGUUCUACCCAGUGUUUUUUUUAAAUUUUCCCAGUCAAUAGUGUGCAGAGUGUUAGUCCCUAUUCUUACGUAAUAAUUCUCAAUGAAGAAAGAACAAUGGCAACCACCCCAACUGUGUUUGAUCUGUUUUACCAAGCCGUCAUCAAAGGUUCAUUAGCCGAAUUACACGACAUCCGCCAUCAUUAUUCGUGGAAGGCCAUUUCGAUCGAGCUCAUCACGGGCCCUCAUUUCAAUGAAGGCGACACGUCCCUGCAGGUGGCCGUCCAGUGCGGACACUACGACGUGGUCGAGUUUCUCGUCCACCAGUUGAAAUAUCACGUCACUCACGCCGUCUGCCCGCAAGGCAAAUUCGCCCAGUCCAGCAAUAACAAGUGUCCGUUCUCCUGGGACAAACUGGACUACACCCGAACAUUACCGUCGUCGUUUGUUUUACCGUCGGCGGCCGUUUCGAUCGUCCGCGACAUUACCGGCCAGGUGCCCAUCAUCAAGUUGAUCGAGUACCUGGUGGACGUGGCCAACGACGAGCCCUUUUGGCUGGAAUUUGUUUUAAAUUCGUUCGUGACCAGCUCGGCCAUCACUCGGCCGGAAAAGAUUGUCGCCCUGGAACUGAUGGGCGCCGCUUUUAUUUUCAAACAGAUUUUGCACACGCGUCGCAAAUCGCUGUGCAAGAAGAAUCCGACCGAAACCGGACCAUGGCGUGGGCUGCAGUGCUGGAAAUCGGCCAUGAUUUACCGCAGGAUCGAUGAUGCCGAUGGCGAUCCUCCGAUCCCGAAAAUUCCUUACGUCUUUUCUGAAAUCGCCUCGAGCGCUUUUGGUGACACGGUUGAAUUCAUGACGUUGGACGAGCUGGACCUGCUAGAACACCAAUCGACGCUGCACGGAUCCCACCAGGAUUGGCAUCUGUUAUGCGGACCACUGGUCGUUCAAGCUCUGCUGGUCAGCAAGCGCAUCUUUAGCCAAAACGGUGCUGAUGCUGCCGGCCAGCAAAUCGACGGGCCCAAUUCGUUCCACCUAGACAAUUUGCUGCACUACGGGCUCUACUGUAAAUUCCACCAGCAGUACAGCCAGGCCAUCAACGUUUCCCUGCUCAUCCUGGAACAUUCCAAAGGUUUCAAUCCCAAUUCAUCGCCCAAGUGCGUCAAACUAUUCGCCGAAACGUUCGAUCUCAUGUUGGUGUGUCUAAAACGACGCCAGCCACCCAACAGCAUCUUGAAACAGGAGCUGUCGUCGGCCAAUCUCCUGGCGGCCGCCAAAUUCGGGAUCGAAAUCUUCACCAACAUGUUGCCAGUGCCACCGAUGACUCUGCCCGAGCGCCAGCUGUUUGAUAUCAUCGAGCGAACUUAUUUCUUCAUUUCCAAUUGGCUGCCCAGGUUGAACCAGCAGGAAGUUGAACAGUUAACCGAAUAUCUUUCGCGCUACAUUCACCUGUACAAUGAAAAUAGCGGCGUCACCAGUCUCCUUCACGUGGCCAUUGAGAUGGUCGACUAUCACGGGGGAUUGUCCCAUUAUUCCACCAGACAUGCGGUGUCGAUUAUUCAAUUGUUGCUGGAAGCCGGAGCCGAUCCGAACGCAACCGACCGGUACGGCAAGACUCCGCUUCAUUUCUUGGCUGGCAAGUAUUCGCAAGAUGAGACUUCGGAAGCGUAUUUUAUUAUUUUCCAGGCACUGCUGGACGCUGGUGUGUAUCUGGACCCAACCGCACUCAAUGGGAAAACGGUUCUCUGCAUGCUGAAGGAUCGCAGGACCAAACAUCCUACUUUGGGCUAUCCCUUUGAUCCUUUCAUUGACUCGCUGAUUGGACCUGAAAGUCCGCUCUCCUCUAGUCCUUCUACAUUCAAAUCCAUUUGAAAUAUUUGCAUUGAUUUCCUUCGCAAGUCAUUGGUCGGUUGGAGAAACAAGCUUGUCCUGGAUUUACUUCACUUUGGAAUUAGUUUGAAAAUUUAUUUCUCCUUUGUAAGAUGUGGCAUCUUAUGUAACCUACGGAGGAAUAAAAUAUUUUGCUAAUGCCAAGUAAUUAGUCUGUAUUUUUCUACAUUUUUAAAUUCGCUAAUUGGCUAAUCUAAUUCAACAUUUCUGUCUUCAAACGGACGUCAGUGAUUGACCUGUCCAAAAUGCUCUGUCUGCUGAUGUCUCAAAAUAUGUUCCAGCAAUCUAUUAUUAAUGCAAAAUAUCGUAAGACAUUCGUCUGUUUCCUGUUUGUCUCCAAAAAUAGAUGGCCUUGGUUUUGUUUGUCGCCAAAAAUAGACGAGGACGA